AUGUCUAGAUUUGCUGGCUCAGCAAUUGCACCGGGACCACUUGUUGGCCGAAUCGAUCGGUGGUCAGAGUGGAGACCGACAAUUGAGGAACCACUUUGGCUCCUCCUCUCAGGUGCUACAGAUCCGCCAGAAGAAAUUGGAAUUUCUGAGAGAAGAACUCGAGAUGUACAAGGAGAUAGGAAUGGCGCAUUUAUUGCCGGUGUGACUCGUGAUUUAGUCAACACGGAAGACGUGGUCGGAACAAAGUUGUUCAACACUGUUAAAGAUUUAUAUUUAACCAAAGACGCAGCUCUCCAACAAAUUAGCAGGUUUUUUGAAAAGUGCAAGCUUAAAGAGGCCAAACCCAUGCUGUACUAUACUGGGCAUGGCGAGAUUGGUACUGGCAACUGGUGCUUUGAAGAUGGAACAAUCAGUAUCCAAGAAAUUUUUGACAUGUUGCCUGGAGGCUUGUAUUACCCAAUGAUCUUUAGUGAUGCCUGUUGCAGUGGCCACUGGGCAAAUUUUUGUCUCAGAAAAGGAAUUGUCGGUUUCCAUUGCCUGGCAGCAUGUCCAGAGUAUUCAACUGCUAUUGAUACAAAAGGUAUGAAAAUGACUAGAAUACAGUUGCUGAUAAGCCCCGUAACUUUUUUUUUGGAGUUGACUGGAUAGAACCACUCACAACCAGCGCUAAAAUCCAAGGUAUAUGUUUGGUCAUAAGCUAUACUGAAGCAUUGGAAAUUUAAAAGUUAGCUUUUUUUUCAUUAUUUUUUUUGUGAUUGUUCUUAUUAUAAUUAAUAAUUAAUAAUAAUAUAUAUUGUGCCAAAUUUUGCUAUAAAAAUUGGCCACGAAUUUGUCCAGUACAGAUUAACAACGGAUUUACAGUUUCCCUGUAUGAAGCUGAUAGGAAGACUUUUUUUUCGGUCCCUCAUUCUGAAAUUGCUUAGUACUUCCUUUGUUUCGGCUGGUUUUGUUAUAAUUUACCGUAUUUUUGUUGCUUUAUCGUUACCAUGAUUACCUUUUUUUUUUCUUUUUGCUGCGUCUUUAAUUUUUUUGUUUUAAUGCAGUCCAAAUGGUGUGUAGGAUAUAUUUUUUCAAAUGUUGUUUGUUGAAUUCUUUCUUUAUGUCUUGUCAUUGGUGUACAUUUUUGUUAAAUUUGAUGAUGAUUUGGUUUUGCUACCUGAGUUUAAUUAUAAUAAGCAGAGUGUUGACUCCCACAUUGACCGAGAGAAACAGUUUUAUUGAUAACCAACUCCUUCAUUCAGUAGACUGUAAACAUCUCGUAAUUUUGAUUUAUUUGAAAUUAUUUGCAGGCAAAGGUGGGGAUUUAACUCUGUUCAUGACUGGACAAAUACCACGCCCUCGUACCGAACCAAUGUACAGUGGAGGAAAUAGAUGGGAGUUCAACAUUACUGGAGGUCAAACAGUUGAUUACACAAAUUUUAUCGCUGGCUAUAUCCAAAAUACUGAAAAACUCGUGAUAUCCCAGUGUAUGGAUGGUGGCAAGUUCUGUGGAAUUUUCGCGACAUCAAAACUGUACAGCCGAUGCCUUUCACAAUCUUGGGGGAUUAGAGAAAAUUUGGAUUCUUUUUAUGCGUUUGUCGAAGAAAAGUGGAAAUGGGUUGAUGGGAAGUCAGAAAACAUAUUUUCCCUCGCAUGUGACGAGACGCUUGGUUUCGGGGUAUUCUUAAUGGAAGGCUAUGGCACGAAUCAAGCCAUUUUAACAGGUACAGACGAUAUAGGUGAAAAGUGGGAUAAUGGUCUUAUGAUAACGGCAUGUGUUGCUCGUGAUUCAACAUUUUACAUCAUCAUGACUGAGGACACUAAGGAAUACCAUGGAAAAGGGCAGAAGUGGUUUACUAGUAAUACGUGGAAAGAUGCGAGUGAUGAAAUACAGGAGGGAUACCGAGAUGGAUAUGCUAUCACAGGCAUAUGUUACUCAACUGGGCUGAAGCAGUAUUUUGUUGCGAUGACAGAAACACCAGAGAGGCAGGACUACAAGUGGUUUAACGUGACUGAGGAAGACUCUCAACCUUGGCUUGAUCAGAAGUACCUAGAAGAUUUACAUCCAACGAUCAUCUUCAAAGAUCCAACUGACGCCACAAUUUUAAUCGUGACGACUGAGGAUGAAAAUAUAUCAGACUAUGAAUAUACGUAUAAUAAUGAGCUGAGAUAG